AUGCAGGCGCCCGGGGACACGUUUCCCACCGACUGGAGCCCCCCGCCCGUAGAGUUCCUCAACCCAAGGGUGCUGCAGGCCAGUCAGGAGGCCCCGCAGGAACACCUGGACUUGGACCCAAAGAGGGGCCUGGCCUUGCCAGAGAAGCUGUUCUGGAACACGGCAGGCCCGAGCCAGCAAGCUGCAGUCCCAGAGUUAUCCUGGAGGGUCUCAGGAAGCUACUUCAACAACCUGGACUACUUACUGCAGGAGAAGAGGAUGCUGGUGGAAAAGUACUCAGUGUCCCUGCAGACCAUCCCGCUGGUCCAUCCAGGUGAGACUGUGUUUCUGCCCAGGCGUCACUCCCUGCCAUGCAUCCUGGACUCCUCACACCUGAAGCCACGCAGUCACCUGGAAAGGCUGUUCCUCAGCUCCCCGCCGGCCCAACAGCUGUCCUUCCUGCACAGCGGCCUCCUGAGCACCCUCUACCUGCACGUGCCUGACUGCCCAGUGCCCCUGCUCCAGUGGCUGUUCCAGCUGCUGACUUGGCCUCCAGAAACGUCUUUGGGAGCCUUCGGUCUCCUGUGGGAUCUCAGUGCGGAUGGAAUCUUCCUUCAGCCGGGUGAAGACGUGCACCUGUGGUGCCCCUCACUGCAAGAGGUCAGGGAGGCAUUCCACAGCCUGGGUGCCCACAGUCCCGCCCUGUACCCUCUGGGGCCCUUUUGGCACGGCGGCAGGGUGCUUCCAGGCGAGGCUGGCCUGAGUGAGAACAAGGAGCAGGACGCUCCCCAAGAGGUGGCCUUGGACAUCAGCCUGGGCCACAUCUACAAGUUUCUGGCGCUGUGUGCCCAGGCCCAGCCGGGGGCCUACACUGACGAGAACCUCGUGGGACUGAUAGAGCUGCUGUGCCGCGCCGGCCUGGACAUGGGGCUCCGCCUGCUGCCCAAGGUUGACCUCCAGCAGCUUCUGCUCUUGCUCCUGGAGAACAUCCGGGAGUGGCCGGGGAAGCUCCAGGAACUCUGCUGCACCCUGAGCUGGGUGUCUGACCACCACCACAACCUGCUGGCCCUCGUGCAGUUCUUCCCGGACAUGACCUCCCGGAGCAGGCGGCUUCGAAGCCAACUCAGCCUUGUGGUCAUUGCUCGAAUGCUGGGCCAGCAGGAGACACUCCCUCUCUGGCAAGAGAAGACCCAGCUGUCCUCGCUCAGCCGGCUCCUGGGCCUCAUGAGGCCAUCAUCUCUCAGGCAGUACCUGGGCUCUGUGCCCUUGCCACCCUCCCAGGAGCAACAGCCAAAGGCUAGUGCCGAGCUGGACCACAAGGCCUGCUACCUGUGCCACAGCCUUCUGACGCUGGCCGGGGUGGUCGUCAGCUGCCGGGACGUCACUCCAGACCAGUGGGGCGAGCUGCAGCUGCUGUGCAUGCAGUUGGAUCGCCACAUCAGCGCACAGAUCCGGGAGAGCCCCCAGGCCACGCACCACACCAUGCUCAAGGACCUGGCCACCCAGACCUACAUCCGCUGGCAGGAGCUUCUGACCCACUGCCAGCCCCAGGCCCAGUACUUCAGCCCCUGGAAAGACAUCUAAAAGAGCAGGGUCAGGGCAGCCCAGGGCUCCUGGCUCCAGCAGGAAGUGAACAGGCUCAGGGAACUGGAGGAAGCGAAGCAUCAAGGCCAGAGGCGGCCACAUGCUGACCAGCCUGAUGAAGCAAGAGCCUGCCUCUGCCACCGCCCUGAUCCCCUCUCCUCUCAGCAAGGGAUGGGCUUCUCUGCCUCGCCCACCCCCAGCCCUCCUCCCAGCCACCUCCUCUUCCCUAAGGCCUCUGUCUCCAUAGCUCUGGUUUCCCUGGGCCUCCGUCCUCCCCACCCUCCUUCCUCUCUCUCCCUGUCACCAAUGUGAGGUUUCUUUGUGCACAUUAAAGUCUUUCAGCAUCA